ACUGACCAUAAAAAGCCGACGGCGGAGUAAAAAUUUGUAAAUAUAAAUUAUAAAUGCACUUAAAAAAGGAAAUAAAUUACUUCAUUGAUGUCCAGCAGGCGUAAAGAUCCGUGUAAAGCAAAUGCAUGUAAAAUACAAGCCUGUCUAAGCGAAAAUAAUUAUCAAGAAAGUAAAUGCUUGGAAGUCCUGGAACAAAUGCGUAUCUGUUGCUUGAAGUGGCAUAAAGAAUCAACUUGCUGUUCGGGGAUAUAUUUGGAUAAAAGUUAUCUUGUUGACAAAGAGGAACAAGGAAGAGGAAUUGACACCGGCAAGUAACCAGCCAACUUUUCUGUAAAAAAACUGAAUAAUGCAAAAGCCUUCUAUUCCACCCUAUAAACCUUCACCUGAAAUACAAGAAAAACUUCAAAAGCUCCAACAACAAGCACAACAGGAGAGUGGGCAACGGCGCCGUACAGCUGUGCUGCCAAAACGCAGUUGGAUUCAACGUAAUCCACGACUAUUUCAGAUUACUUUUAUCACGACUUCAUUGCUGGUGCUAUUUUCAAAACCUUUGUACGACGCCUUCAUUGCGGAUCCCAUCCCACUACCGCGCGGCGGAGCACCGCCACCCCACAAGCGUUAAGAAUAAAGCGUUAAGUA